AUGCUAUUCAAAAUGCAGUGUUUGAACGCGUUGCGGGCAAGUGCCCUAAAGUUAUCUACUACGGGUGUAGUGAGCACUGCCCAGCCUCAUAUCAACGUCAUAACAAAGAGGUUGAAGAGGAGUUCUCCUUGUGAUCGGUGUUUUAUUCCGAAGCAUAAGAAACCAUGUUUCGAUAUUCGUAAUAUAAUUAUCGAACGUGCAACCGAGUGCCACGGGAAGCUGAUCCGUUCGUUUCUUUACACGCACUACUGGCCGCGUGAGCCGACCGUCAUCGGCUUGUGGAUGUCCCUAAAUAGCCCCCUUUUGGAUGUACUCACAGAUAAAUAUAUGAGUUUUGGCGAUCGUAUGUUGGCUUUUGAGCGCAUUAAGAGAACAAAGGAAACCAAGUUAGUUGGUCUCUCGGUGGCCAGCAAGCUCUACCCGUGGAUGAUAGGAGAGCUCGACGAGUGGGCACAUGUCACCACCAUCAUGCCUGAGAAGUACAAGAUAUAUUUCACUGCACAUUGCCUCAAGCAACCCAAUCUGUUUAAGAAGUACAAAGUUGAUUAUAUUUAUGACGUUGAAGUCCUAGGCUCAGCAGCAGAAGUAACCGGCCAGGGUGUUGCUACAUUACUUCUGAAGAAUAUACUGGACAACGCGCUGGAGGUGCGACACCCAGUCGUACAGGUUGUGUCAACCAGCAGUUACACGUCUAAAAUCUGUGAAAGAUGUGGUAUGAAACUAGAGUGGUCCAUGGAUUACAAAGACUUCACAGACGAGUGUGGUCGCAUCAUAUUCUACCCCAGACGACCUCAUCAUUCAGUGGGUGUCUACGUCAAAUUCAAUGAUCCAAGUAAAGGCGGUGUAAUGCCAUGCAAACCUCAAUACUAA